GAGGAUUUCCGGGCUGGCCAGUGGCGGUGGUUGGUGGUCUGCGGUCCUGGGUGGGAGACGACGAGGUACUCUGAGCGUCUCCCCGAGUCCCUGUCGUGAGUUGCUGAGAGAAGUCGAUAGAGGCGGAAGCUGACAUUGCCAUCUUGUGUAAUAUCUACUGAUCAACUUGCUCCAAAGUUAACUAUGGAAGAAAUGAGGUAGCCGCCCACGAGCGUGCUGAAAUCCUACUUCAGAUGGAUACAAAAUAUAAAGAAGAUGUAUUUAGGAAGUAUGUACAAUUUCAUGAAUCCAAAUUGGAUACCUCUGAGAAGAAGCACCGCCCUGUUAGCGAGGAGUACCUGCAAGUGGCGGCUUCAGCCUUACUCUGCCUUCCCAAGAUCGAUCCCUUUUAUAGAUUCCGGUUGAUAAAAUUUUAUGAGAUAGCAGAACAUUCUCUUCACUCCUUGAAAUCUUCAAGUUUACGUUCCCUCCGGAAUGCCUUUGGCAUGCUGGAAUCAGUUGGAGUUAAUCUUUUCCUUUACCCUUGGAAGAAGGAAUUCAAAAAUAUAAAGACCUACACAGGGCCUUUUGUUUAUUACGUGAAGUCUACGAUACUUGAUGAGGAUAUAAGGCAGAUCCUGCACUCCAUGGGAUACGUCCAGGAACUUGGAACAGUUUAUAAGCUCAAAGACCUAGUAGAUACCCUGCAGGUGAAGUUGGUAUCGUUUGAACUGUACUUGGCCAAAGUAGAGUGUGAACAGUUGAUAGAAAUUCAUUUGCAAGUGAAGGAUAAAGGAUAUUCAGAGCUCGACAUUAUAAAUGAGCGUAAAAAUAGCAGCGACGAUGUUCGAGGCUGCUCAGAUGCCUUGAAGCGCCGGGCGGAAUGCAAAGAGAGCCUGAACACUUCUAUGUCACGGAUGGUACUUCAAAAAUCUGCUAGUGAGCGGGGCUCUAAAGAUUACUUCAAACCCAAAGUUACCAAACCUUCUAAAUCGGUGGAUGCAUAUGAUAGUUACUUGGAAAAUAAAAAGCCUCCUUUGAUGACUUCUUUAAGUCUCAGAAAAGAACCCAUUUUGGUCGAUACCGAAGACGAUAUCAAAGAUGAAAUCAUUCGCCCGUCGCCCUUUCUCCUUGCUAUGUCGACAUCUCCCCAUGGAUGUUCUGAUGAAUAUUUGCCAGUCUCAUCCCAUUCCAAUGGCGUAUUAAGAACGGGUGUUCCAUAUAGUACUUACUAUUCCCCUCAAGACGAUUUAGAUUUAUAUACUGACCCAGAUUCUAGGAGCAUGCUAAACUUCAAGAGACAGGAGACAGCUAAACCGGACGUGUGGCUGCUGAGGAACGACGCCAACCCGAACUACCACAAACGCACGCAUCUAGCCAAAGAGACCACUCCCCUUAAGUGCCAAAGCUGUGGAUUAUCUUGCGGCGCCUCCGUUUGCCAAAAGUGUGACAGUUUGCUCAUCUGUAGGCAGGAGUAUCCCGCAAUAAAGCAGAGCAGCUAUUCGCUCAAAACUCUUUCCGGCGAGGGCAUGUCGUCGGGGUCUGCGACACGGGAAAAGCCCCAGUACAUGUUGCAGACUCAAGAGCGAGGCCCUCAGUUCCCUUCCAAAUCCAAGCCUUCAGGCUCUUCCCGCUGCGGCUUUUGCAACCGGUCGGGAGCAGCGAACACAUGCACUUUCUGUUCAAAGGUCUCCUGCGACACUUGCCUCAGUGCUUACUAUUACGAUCCCUGCUGUCGCAAGAGUGAGCUGCACCGGUUCUUGCCAAACAAUCAGUUAAACUAUAAAUCCAACCAGCUGUCCCACCUGGUUUAUAGAUAAGAUUCUUUUUUUUUUUGAAAUUAUAUAUAUAUAUAUAUAUAUAUAUAUAGGGACAAAAGGGCUAAAAAUACAAAACAUGCUGAUGUUGCUGGUAAGAAGCACCACCCUACCGACCUCUUGUUAGGAGAAAAGGAAAAGUAGGAUAUGCCCUAGUUUUAGACGAACGCAUCUCAGCAUUGGCGCCGGUUCUUGACGUGGCUUCACAGAACGUUGUCUAAGGAAUUGUUGCCGCUGCUACUCUUUUAGGUGACUUGCAACUGAAUGCUGCUCUUUUUCCAUGUUGACCGGGAAGAGGAGCACUGGGUUUUUCUUUUCCUUUUCAGGAAUAGGCAGGCGUUGCACUCCAGUUUUUGUUUCCUUAAAGAGACAUCGUGCAUCUGUGUUGCAUUGCUGUUGCUGCCUCAUCCACAUAACCCAGCAUCACAGCAGUAACUAAAGGUGACAACUAAGAACAGUGUGUUGUGAAAUUGACUGUUUGGGCAGUUUGCACAAAAUGUUCAUCAACAGCUGCCGAAAAAGAUAAACGUGUGUGUGUGUUGGGGUGGGUGGGUGUUAUAUUAAAAGAGUUUAGAUGUAUUUCCUGAUCUUUGCAAGGCAGAUUUCUGUGGGAAUCUCAUCAUCUCGUCUUCUCCAUCCCAUUUUCCAAGAUACCAUAUCAAAUCAAAAUGGAAACUGAGCAUUUAAGUGUUGCCAAUGCACUCCUCUUGUCUUUACUGUUUUUAAACAAGUGAAUCUGUGUAUGUUGCAUUAUGCCUGUCCUGACAGAUUUUUUGCCCUCUGUUACAUGUGUACCAAAUCCUAUUCUUUCUAUUGUAAAUAGAUGAUUUGGAAGCAGUUUAUAUUUUAAUAAAUAUGCAGAAUGUUGUGUUUUUCUAACAGAAAAAUGCUGAAGUCCUGUAACUAAAGUCUCUGGGUUAUUUCUUCAGGUAACAUUUUUCCCUGUCGGUCCUGUGUGUCCCCUACAUCUUUUAAACACUGCUGUUGUAGACUGAUGUCUCUUGAAACCCAUUUUUCUCCCUUUUGCUGCUUUCAAUUGGUUUGAAAUUCUGUUCCUGGUAACAAGCAGUUUUACUCCAGCCCUUACACGCACAAACCAAACUCUUGCAAAGCAGUACUGAAUUGUGCCAAAGCAAGGAAUAGAAGAGUGGGACAUACACUCCUGUUUGUAGAAGUGUGGGUCAUACACACCUGUUGACUCUUGUUCAUUCUUGUGGGGAGGAGUUAGUGUAAAAUGCAUACUCAAGUCUGCAGCAUUGUUUUGAAGAUUGGUGAUGAAUUCAUUGUAAUGAAGAUUUAAAAAGGGGUUGUGCCAUUCCCAAGCUUGUAAAAAUUUUCACCUGUGGAGAUGAAUCUGCGUAUUGAAUUUGGGUUCAUGCUGUCUGUCUCCUCUUUACAAUUUAUCCCUAAACUCAGAUGGUUAUGCCACUUGGUUGAACUUUGAACUUUGUAUCAGGUUUACACUUUCGACCCUAAAACUGUACAUUUUAUGAGCAUGGUUGUAGAUUUUAGGACUGAAAAUCAUUGUCUUUUCACCCUUUUUGUGGCAAACAAACGUAAAUGGUUAUUUUUUUAAGUGUGUUUUUUGCGGGGAGCGGGAGGGGAAGAGUCUGGCGAGGGGGCAGGAUUAGACACAUGAUGGUUUAAUGAGCAUUGUAAAUUUGCUGAAAUGCUUUGGCUGCAGAUGAGUAUCAAAUGUACAGUUUCAAAAAUGAGUUUUAUGGAAUGCUAAUACCAAGCAAACUAAUACCAAGAAGGUACAUGACCAGGAAUAGUAUAAAUAAGAUGAUUGCUAUGGCACAUUAUUAUUUUUUCUUUACAAGAAGGUAUUACCUCGCUGACCAGGAAGUUUAAGGGAAAUGGUUGCGCAAGCAAACGAAUCAGAUUUUUUAAAAAGCUUAGGAGGAUUCUUUUUUUAUAAAUAUAUUGGUAUACUUGUACAUAAAAGAGAUGUAUAUAUUGCCAAAUUUAAAAUAAUUUUACUAUUUCUAAAACAGGUUGUAGAGUUCCUUUUUUGAUGCGUUCUGUUUCUGUUGAACCUCAAAAGCAUCAUGCCUGUCUUUCUUUGGCUGCUAUACUGUGUAGCUACUAGCUCUCUCUUCUUCCAGUUCCAUAUUGCUACUCACUUGACACUAAAUGAACAAAAACUGUGAUGCCACGUAAUUUAUACGGUGAACAUAGCAGGGACUAAUUAUAUUGCUUUUUAAAAAAGGAAGCACUCCUGUGUACAUAUCUGUCAUGGAAUUCCUGUAGUACAGAACAGUGUUAAAUUGCAAGUGAUACCAUGCUAUAUAUUUUUAUGUGUAUCUGACUGUAUGAAGUUGCUGUGAUCAAGACAGUAAAAUAUAUGCUAAUUUAAAA